AUGAUCUCCUUCACUUCCAACCUCUUCACUCUCGCUCUCGCCUUCGCCGGCGCAAGCUUUGCCUCCGCGUCAGCUCUUCCGCGCCAAGUGACCUCUAACCAAGGAACUAUCAACGCCCCCACCUCGGGAUAUCUCGUCUCCUCUAACUCAUCCUUCCCCUUCUCCUACUCUGAUCGCAACUGGUGCGAGGACGGAUAUUCGCCCGUCAGCGUCUGGCUCACAGACUACGAGCCCACAACCACCAACUUGAACGCCACCGGUCAAUUUCCCGAGGGCAGCUACACGCGUUACUUUGGCCUGUAUACCAACCCCAACUUCGGUCUAUCGCCCCUGUCAGGUAGUCCUGCGCCACCUCCGAGUCUUUCCUUCCCAGAGACCGACGAGGCGACGCUCGACGCUACCCCUCUGUGGUGGCUUUCUGUCGUCGAAACCGCCACCAACUGCCCACCUGGGCUGCACAUCCCGCCACAAUAUGGGCUGACCUCUGUCCAGCUCACGUCCAACAACGUCGAGAAGUCCAAGUAA